GAGGCGCGCAACGAGCGCCUGCUCACGACCCUCAACAUCGACCAGGCGCUGGACGCGAGGGACGCCGUGGCCAAGGCCCUCUACAGCGCCCUCUUCAGGUGGCUCGUCCGCCGCACCAACGCCACCAUCAGCGGCCACCGCGGCCACCCCGCCGCCUGCAUCUCCGUCCUCGACAUCUUCGGCUUUGAGACCUUCAAGGAGAACAGCUUCGAACAGCUCUGCAUCAACUACGCUAACGAGAAACUUCAGUUCUAUUUCAACAAGCACAUCUUCAAGCUCGAGCAGCAGGAGUAUGCCAAGGAGAAAAUUGAGUGGCAAAACAUUGAGUACCAGGAUAACCAGCCUGUUAUCGACCUGUUAUCCCGUAAACCCGUGGGCAUCAUCCACCUGCUGGACGACGAGAGCAACUUCCCUAAGGCGAGCGACGUCUCCUUCCUCGAGAAGUGCCACUACAACCACGCCCUCAACGACCUCUACUCCAGGCCGCGCAUGUCCUCCACGGAGUUCGGUGUCCAGCACUACGCCGGGCUGGUCUGGUACAGCGUCGACGGCUUCCUCGACAAGAACAGGGACACCCUCAGGAAUGACGUCGUCGAGCUCCUUAUAUCCUCCAAGCUCAAGCUGGUGUCGGACAUGUUCCUGGACGUGCGCACGGCUGGUGCAGAGAAGCAGACGCUCAACAAGAGCAACGGACGCUUCGUGACGAUGAAGCCGCGCACGCCCACCGUCGCCGCGCGCUUCCAUGACAGCCUGGCCAGCCUCACGGACUCCAUGGCCAAAUGCAACCCAUGGUUCAUACGGUGCAUCAAGCCUAACACGGAGAAGGCGCCCCUCAAGCUGGACAUGCCGUGUGUGCUGGAGCAGCUCAGGUACUCCGGCAUGCUGGACACCAUCAGGAUACGGCAGCUGGGAUAUCCUGUGAGGCUGUCCUACGGGGCCUUCGCUGCACGCUUCCGGUGCCUCGUGCCUGGACAAGUGCCUAGAGGCGCCCCCCCUCAGGAGAUCUGUCGCGUGGUGCUCCAGAAGUCCGUCUACAGCCCCGGGGCCUUCCAGCUCGGUGCUACUAAGAACAUCCUUUGA